CCAGGGUGUCCCCCGAAACCCCCAUAUUCCUCAGCCUGCGUAGGCCUUGUUUUCUGGAGUUGGAGUGUCUGGGGCGGGUUAUGGAGAUUGGGAAGAUGGGAUAAUCUAGGGUGAAAACGUAUAGUAUGGCGUAUAGAGCACUCUUGACAUGGAGAUGUCAGCCGUUAUCCUUCAAGAAGUUUGGGGGCCUGCGUCGUCAGUCAUCUGCAGCAUGCCCCCAACUCUUUCUAGUCUUUUCCUUUCUUUUUUUUUUAACUUUGGUUUUCUUUUUUCCUUUUCCCCCCUUCUGUCCGGCUUUUCGAGCAUCCACCGGCCAUCCAUCUUGGCAGCUCAGCAAAAAUCCACGACAAUUACAGUUUCAUCAUGUGGGACUUGAAAGGCGGAAAGUUCCCGUCGGCAGCUUAUCAGCUGGAAGUAUCUCCUCUGUACGCAAGUCUGAACGCGAAACAUGCCUCGGCCGUGAGUAAAUCCUAAUCCCGAUUCCCGUCUCAAUAUCACAAGGGAAAUUGUAUGGUGCCAGACAUCGUGGUCUGGCCGUUAUUAAUUUCGGAUUCGACAAUGCAAGGCUACAGGGCGUCUUCGUCCGGGACGAGGAUUGGCUGGGGAACAUAAUUGCGG